CUCAAGACAAUUUAAUGGAAUUCAGUCCAUAUGUGUUGGUUGGCUCUUUAGUUUGAAAUGGGUAGCUCUAUUAAGAGAGUUUAGCUGGGUUAGGCCCUCGAAUCAAGAAGCAAUAUCAGCAAUAAUUCUGCCAAAAGAAUCUACUUUCUUCUCUUUCCUACGCUUCAAGUUCACAUGGAAACUGACAAAAUAUCUUCACAUGUCUUUGUUUCUUGUGAAAAUGUUAAAUGGCCUUUACUUUUUGCCUUUACUUCAGUUAUAUCCCUACCCACCAACUGCUGAAGCAGUGAAGCUCGUUGCUUACAUUACUACCACUACUACUCCCACCCUUCAUUACAUAUCCUGAUAUGCAUUGAACAUCAGAGGGGACUUCUUUCAAAGAGGAAAGAAACAGAAGCUUCUCUCUUGUUCCAACAGUUAGCCAUGAAUCUCUUUCUACUCUUUAUCUUAGCUUUCUUGGUUCCAAGUUCCCUUCUAUUGGGAAUUCAGGCUUCUCAUUCCCACCGAACAAGAACAUUUUCUCAGAUUACUGUCAUGGGCCUUGUUUAUUGUGACACUUGCUCCAACAACUCCUUCUCCAAACACAGUUACUUCUUAUCAGGUGUAGAAGUUCGAAUCAGCUGCAAAUUCAAAGCAGAAACGCCGCGUACGGCGGAGCAGAUAGCAUUCUCAGUGAACAGAACAACAAACAAAUACGGAGUUUACAGAUUGGAAAUACCUUCGGUGGACGGAAUCCGAUGCGCAGAGGAUUCAGAGAUAGCGUCGUUCUGCCAAGCCAGUUUGAUCGGAAGUCCAUCGUCGUCUUGCAACGUCCCUGGAUACAGAACCACAUCGGAAGAAAUUUCGAUCAAAUCGAGAGAGGCAAACAUUUGCAUUUACAGCUUAAAUCCGCUCAAUUACAGGCCAUCAGCUAGAGAUGAUACCUUGUGUGGAAAUUAGUCGAACGAUGAAGAUGAUUACCUUUUGAUGAAGCUUCCUUUUGCCUCGCCCAAAUUUGUCGCCAUGGAUUGAACAAAAUUGUACAGUUUUGGAAGGAAUCAAAGCUCUCGUCUCUCUCAAUCUCUUUGCAAUUUAGACCUUGAAAAAUAUUUGCAUGAUUUAUAUAUCCUCCACUAAAAUGUCAAAAGUUGAACUAACAUUCAUAUUUGCAGUUUAGUCCUUCCCCAAUGUGAAAAUUUUCACUAU